GUGUUUCUGACUUCAGCCUGCGGGUGGCGCUGCAGACCCUGCUGAAGGAGUACACUGAGGUCACAAAAUCCUCCAAAGACAAUAAAACCAGCGGUCAGCUGCAGCCGGCUAAAAUGAGACCCAGAAGAAAAGCCAGGAAGUUCCUCUACGCCAUAGGGGGCUACACUCGGCUGCAGGGGGGCCGGUGGAGCGACAGCAGYGCUUUGAGCUGCGUGGAGCGCUUCGACACCUUCAACCAGUACUGGACCACCGUGUCGUCCCUGCACCAGGCUCGCAGCGGGCUGGGAGUCGCCGUCCUGGAGGGGAUGAUCUACGUGGUGGGAGGAUUAAUUUACGUUAUCGGGGGGAUCAGUGAUGAAGGGGUGGAGCUGCGUUCAGCUGAAGUUUACGACCCCAUCUCCCGCCGAUGGAGCGCUCUGCCCAUCAUGUUCUCACGGCGGGCCUAUGUGGGCGUGGCCUGCCUAAACAACUGUAUUUACGUAGUGGGAGGCUGGAACGAGGAGCUGGGUGCACUGGAGACGGUGGAGAAGUUCUGUCCUGAGGAGGAGAAAUGGAUGGAGGUGGCGCCCAUGUCCACGGCCCGCGCAGGCGCCUCGGUGUCGGCAGUGAACGGGCUGCUGUACGCGGUGGGAGGAAGGGCCGCCAGCAGGGACUUCUCUGCGCCGGUGACCAUCGAUUCUGUGGAGAUCUACGACCCCCACCUGGACACGUGGACCGAGGUGGGUAACAUGAUCACCAGCCGCUGUGACGGCGGACUGGCUGUGCUCUGACCCCGCCCACCCACACCAGCAUCAGCACCUGAAUCAUCUCAAACUCCAGACGAAGCUGCACCUUAAGAAACACGCCGAGGAGUGUUUCUGUCUCAAACAGACGUCACUUUAUGAUCAGCGUUAUUUAUUCACGUUAGUCUUCUGAUGAAUUUGUGCCAAAAAAAAGUCUGUUUCUUAAUUUUCAGUCCAAAAAAACAAGACAUUUAUUUUACUUCUUUACAAGCAAAGACGAAGUAUCAGACGAACGGCACCAAAUGAGACCGUUUUCAGUGUCAUUCCUGUAAACUUGAUGAUUUUGUCGCUAUCAGCACAGCAGUAGUGUCUUCACUGGAGGAUUUUGUGAAACUGCCAUCGUUUCUGCUUAAGCUGUUUCCUUUUAUCAMUGGCUCCUGGAAUAAACAUUUCAUCGACCUAAGGGUCGUAAGUGACUUUCACUUACUUUGUUAAACUUCUACAAAACUGAAUAAUGUCUGUUACAAAAAAGCACACACAAAAAAAUACACAGCAGCAAUUUAGUAAAAUAAAAUUACAAAACUUC